AGAGAAAGAAGCACUGCGAAAGCCAGUCAGCCAGCGGAGCACACACAUAACAGUGAGAGAGAAACGUGACGAUAGAUAUUGUGAGCUCGAGUAAGAGAACUCGAAGGACUAAAAGAUGACGGGACAUCGGCGGGCGAUGGGACCUACCCUCAGCAUCCUCGUUGCUAUUAUCGGAGCCACGCUUUGCGGCGCGCCAACACAUGCAGCGAAGAAGCAUUGGGGAUAUCACGAAACGAACCUCUGGUCAACUGGCUAUCCGGACUGUAAAGGAGAAAACCAAUCACCGAUCGACAUUAAGGGUGAAGAGUACAACCCCAAGCUGGGAGAAUUCAAGUUCAACGGAUACUUCAAGACGCAGACGAUGGAAUUCCAUCUGACGAAUAACGGACACACGGCCGUGGCAACGCUGGACCCGCGGCCAUCCCUGUCGACGCAGGCAGGUGGUCUACCAGGCGUCUACAUCCCUCACAGCCUGCACUUCCACUGGGGAGGUGACAGGAGGACAGGCUCAGAGCAUUUCAUCAAUGGCAAACAGUACCCGCUAGAGAUGCACCUCGUACACUACCACAGCUCGUACCCGAACAUAUCGAUGGCUCAAAACCAACCUCACGGCCUCGCCGUGCUUGGCGUACUGUUUGAGAUGGACAAGCUGCGCGCGCUCAUGCACGAGGGAGAACAUGGCGCUACCAAUCUCAUCAACAACUACCGCCCUCUACAGGACAUCGGCACGCGCAAGAUCUACAAGAGCUUCAAGAAGCUUCCCGAGAAGAUGAGCCUGAAGGGGGCAGCGGACCACGUGACCGUCAUGUGGGCAGUGGCGGCGGCCAUGACAGUUAUAGCAUUCGCCGGCGCGAAACACUGAUCGAGCGCGAGGGAAUCGUUGACAUAGAUCAUAAUAAUCUUUAUAAUUAUUAUAACGAAUAAUUAUUAUAAUAAAUAAUUACUAGUUGUAAUUAUUAUAUCGGGAGUAAACAAAUACUAGAUAAGCUGCUAUUCUCGUUAUUCCUGUUUAUAAAGACAUUAUGCAGAUAAUUGUUAUCUACGUCAAUGGAGAAGUUCUUCGCGCGUUCGCAAGCCUUUAGCCAUUCCUUAAAUGUGCACAGUGGUUGGUAUGUGUUGCCAUCUAUGCGUGCUCAGGAAAAUGACACAAUCAUCUAGAUUAACAGUUCUAACGCGUUGGUUGCAUGGCUACCCUUGGCGCAUAACAUACUUACUAAGCAGUUCAGGCGUUUUCCACGAGCAGGUAUUUUUCCGGAGCAACCAGCUGUACACCGUGCAUACUAACCACACGCGUAUAAAACAGUCAGCAUUCUCUCGUGAGAACGCACACGACGCACAUAUUCGACCCACAGCUAGCUGCCAUUCGAAUCGACCUAGAAAAAAAGAGAGAUUUCUCCCA